AUGGGGAAAGAAAACGGGAAAGUUGUGGUUUUAGAUUUCUGGGCAAGUCCUUACGCCAUGAGGACGAAGAUUGCCUUGAGAGAGAAAGGAGUUGAGUUCGAGACUCAACAAGAAGACUUGUGGAACAAGAGUGAGCUGCUGCUGAAAUCAAACCCUGUUCACAAGAAAGUCCCUGUCCUUAUCCACGGCGACAAACCCAUCUCUGAAUCUCUCAUUCAAGUUCAGUACAUCGAUGAAACGUGGACUGAUGCUGCUUCUUUCUUGCCCUCUGAUCCUCAAGCCAGAGCCACUGCAAGGUUCUGGGCUGAUUUCGCCGAGAAAACGAUAUCGUUUGAAGGAGGAAGAAAGAUUUGGGGAAACAACAAAGGAGAAGAACAAGAGAAAGGCAAGAAGGAGUUUCUUGACAGCUUGAAGGUUCUUGAAGCUGAGCUUGGAGACAAGUCUUACUUUGGAGGAGAGACAUUUGGUUAUGUUGACAUAGCUCUUGUCCCAUUCUACAGUUGGUUCUAUGCCCUCGAGAAAUGUGGUGAUUUUUCUGUGGAAGCUGAGUGUCCUAAGAUCGUGGCUUGGGGGAAGAGAUGUGUUGAACGCGACAGUGUUGCUGCUUCGUUGCCUGAAUCUGAGAAAGUUUAUCAGCAAGUGCUUAAGCUCAGACAGAUUUUUGGUGUUGAAUAAAUGCAAAAACUGCGUUUUGAACAUCUUUGAAUCCUGUGUUUUUAUGUUUCCGUGUUGGAAGUGUUUACUGUUGUUCUUUUGAGAAAUAA